AUGGACAGCGCAACAUGCAACGUCAUAUACGUUGAUCACAACGUGCGCAACACGACCCAGCUGACCACGGACUCGACGAUUUCGGAUCUGGAGGCGACAUUGGGCGAAUCUCUCGAAUUGCGAGGGAAUCUCGCUCUGCUGAUUGAUGCCUUUCGUGAGAUCCACGUGUGUGCCACUGGCGCCGACUGUAUAGAAAUACUUCUCGAUUUACACGACACAUCCAGCAUUGAACUGAAACCUACCCUUGUAUUGAUAGAUACCCCCCACGACGAGCAGAUAAGAGCGGCCGAGCCGUCUUCGCGAGAUCAUUCGCCACACUCUAGAGCAUCAUCGAGCACGGAUCAAGAUGGUACAGACCGUGAAAUUUACGGGCUGAAAUUGCUCGACAAGGUUGUGUACGAGCUACACUCUCGAAACCUUUCAAAACUUGUUGUGCCCAUUUCCGUUGUUACCUAUCCUUUGUUACAAAGUCCACCUCCGUCGGACGAUUCAAACGACGAGACCGGCCAAACUUCCUACGCGGAAUAUCUCACCGAGACGACCAAUCCAUCGAGCAAUUCGUUAGCGAGCAGAGCCCUCCUGCGGAAAUGUCUGGAUUCUGGCGCUAUUGACGUUCUCGCUAGCCCAUUGCAUGUGAAGACAUUGACCACUCUCGAGGUGCACGCGUAUAGAGCACAUAAGGAGGCUUUAAAGGAGCAGCAAGCCCUCAUGGAGAUCAGAAGAGGACGGAAAAGGUCGUGGGUGGGCGUUCACGAGGAGCAGCCCUUUUCUUAUCUUCGAGAAGCAAUGGUGUCUGGCCUCAUGGGCGGCAUCUGCCGAUCUGGAGAUGAGGGCGAUGUCGUGAUUGGAAGUGUCAGGAUCUCCGUGUCCUCUGAUGAAAGAGCCGCAAUUGCUAGCGCCAUCGGAAAGUGGAAUUUCUGCGCUCAUGAUUUUGACGAUGACCAGCUCCUCAUUGCCGCAAGUCUCAUGUUCAAGCAUGCUCUCACCAUGCCCGAGUUAGAACAAUGGCGGAUACCAACAGACCAACUCACAACCUUUUUGGUAGCGUGUCGAGCUGCUUAUAACACUUUUGUUCCCUACCACAACUUCCGCCACGCCGUAGAUGUCCUGCAAGCGACGUUUCACUUCCUCUUACAGGUCGGUGCCUUGCCACCGUAUCCUCUAGAGGCAGGGAUAUAUGCAACACCUACUCCCAAGACGCCUCUCGCCGAGUUGUUGAGACCAUUCGAGACACUGACGCUACUCGUCAGUGCUAUUGGCCACGACGUUGGUCACCCUGGCGUCAACAACGGCUUUCUGGUAACACUCAAUGCGCCACUGGCGCAAUUGUACAACGACCGAUCUGUUCUAGAAUCCUUUCACUGCGCCGCAUUCUCGCAGAUUCUGCGGAGAUAUUGGCCAAAAGUCUUUGAGAACACGAAAAUGAGGAACCUCAUGAUCAGUUCCAUUCUUGCGACUGACAUGGGACUCCACUUCGACUACAUGGCCAAGCUCGGCACGCUACAGGAGAAGCUGAGCGCAAAUAACUCUACGAAGGGGUGGAACGAGAAAACCACCGAGGUCGAGACCGCUUUGAUAUGUGCACUGCUGAUUAAGUGCGCAGAUAUCAGCAAUGUAGCUCGGCACUAUGAUGCUGCUUUACAAUGGAUGCAUAUCCUAUGCGACGAGUUCUCACGCCAAGCCUCGAUGGAGAACCAGCUCAGUAUACCAUCCUCCUUGAUCUCGGAACCAAAGAAGGAAUUUCUGGCAUUGGCUACCGCUCAGCUCGGUUUUAUGAAGCUGUUUGCAAUCCCACUGUUUCAGGGCGUUGCCGACGUCCUGCCUGGCAUGAAGUACACGGUUGAGGCUCUGGACGGAAACAAGAUGACUUUUGAAUCUGCUGUGAAGGAACUCUCUCCCUUAGUAGAUGCCGCCAACAAGGACUUGCAGGAGUUGCGAGACAGGCAAGGCAGCACAAGCUCUCCUCGCACGGUUCAAAUAGUUGCCCCCACAGAAGACUCGCCAGACUCAUCGUCUGGUACAACCCUGGAGGCAUCCUACCAGACCAUUUCAGAAAACCACUCUGAAAUGAAGAAAGCUGGAUCUUCACCUCCUUCGCAGGAACAGCAAAUCCCCAAUAUACCUGGCGAAUACAAGGAAGUCAAUGGUAUAUCCGGCGACUAUGACGAGGUCACACAGUUUGCCGCCAGUGAUCCUUUCCACGUUGUCGACGACGAAAAUAGUAUCCUCGGUCGCAGCGCAAAGCAGCGUUGUAGUGAGACGACAGAAGGUAGUGCAUCGGGUCCAUACUCGGGAGACUGGGCUUCGCAAGCUACUAGUGCCACUACGGGGAAGAUGCCGCUCUCGCCCAGUACUCAAGGCACCAGCAUUCGAAGUCAAGAAUCGCUAGAACGGCCUAGCUCGGCUCUUCCAGUCACAACUGUCACAGCGCCUGAGCCGAACUACCUCGAUUUCGAGGCACCACAUUCGGAAGCCGUCAGCUCGGCUGAGGAGCAUUCUAAUGGCAGUACCCUCAAGCUGGACAGUUCGCCCGAUAGGUCACCAAAUGCGGACAAGUCGCUGAAGAAGAAGCCCAGCCGUUUUAGGAUGAAUGCGCUGAAACUUUUCAGGCGAGACAAGGGUAGCACGUCACCUGCAUCCAGUGAGGCUGCAGGAUGA